ACGCGGCUGUAGGGCUGAGGCGGUGCGGCUGCAGCCGGAGCGGUUUGGGCGGUGCACGGGGCGAAGAUGGCGGCCGAGAGGCAGGAGUCGCUGAGGGAGUUCGUGGCGGUGACGGGAACCGAGGAGGACCGGGCCCGCUUCUUCCUCGAGUCGGCCGGCUGGGACCUACAGAUCGCCCUAGCGAGCUUUUAUGAGGAUGGAGGAGACGAUGACAUUGUGACCAUUUCGCAGGCAACUCCCGGUUCAGUGUCCAGAGGCACAGCCCCCAGCGAUAAUAGGGUAACAUCCUUCAGAGACCUCAUUCAUGAUCAAGAUGAGGAGGAAGAGGAGGAAGAGGGCCAGAGGUUUUAUGCCGGAGGCUCAGAGAGAAGUGGACAGCAGAUUGUUGGCCCUCCCAGGAAGAAAAGUCCCAACGAGCUGGUGGAUGAUCUCUUUAAAGGUGCCAAGGAGCAUGGAGCUGUCGCUGUGGAGCGAGUGACCAAGAGCCCUGGAGAGACCAGUAAACCGAGACCAUUUGCAGGGGGUGGCUACCGCCUUGGGGCAGCACCAGAGGAAGAGUCUGCCUACGUGGCAGGAGAAAGGAGGCGGCAUUCUGGCCAAGAUGUUCAUGUAGUGUUGAAGCUCUGGAAGAGUGGAUUCAGCCUGGACAAUGGUGAACUCAGAAGCUACCAAGACCCAUCCAAUGCCCAGUUUCUGGAGUCUAUCCGCAGAGGGGAGGUGCCGGCAGAGCUGCGGAGGUUAGCUCACGGUGGGCAGGUGAAUUUGGACAUGGAGGACCAUCGGGAUGAGGACUUCGUGAAGCCCAAGGGAGCCUUCAAAGCCUUCACUGGCGAGGGUCAGAAACUGGGCAGCACUGCCCCCCAGGUGUUGAAUACCAGCUCUGCAGCCCAACAGGCAGAAAACGAAGCCAAAGCCAGCUCUUCCAUCUCAAUCGACGAGUCACAGCCUACCACAAACAUCCAAAUACGGCUCGCCGACGGCGGGAGGCUGGUGCAGAAAUUUAAUCACAGCCACAGGGUCAGUGACAUCCGACUCUUCAUCGUGGACGCCCGGCCGGCCAUGGCUGCCACCAGCUUUGUCCUCAUGACUACCUUCCCGAACAAAGAGCUGGCUGAUGAGAACCAGACCCUUAAGGAAGCCAACCUGCUCAACGCCGUCAUCGUGCAGAGGUUGACAUAACCGCCCCCUGCUGGGCGGCCUCACCUUCCUCCUGUGUCUCCUAUGGCCAGCUGCCCUGUGGGGACCGCCCCUCCCAGCCCCUCCUGCACACCCAGCAGUCCAGCGCCACGUCUCCUCCGUAGCUCUGGGUUCUUAGAUCUCAGUUGGACAUUUGUUUUCUCUUUAGUUGCAUUUCCUGGGUUUUUGUGACGAUCAAUGGACUUUAAAGAAAAAAAAUAAAAACAACCAAAAAAAUCGAAGGACUAUCACCAGCAUGUUAUACGGAACCUCUCCCACUGAAGCAGGCUCUGAUUGCUUUAAAG